UGUAUAUUUCCAUGAGCCUCGCAAUCCAGUUCACAUACGAGUUAGUGCCUGAUAAUAUUUAAAGUAAACUUAUAAAAUUUAAUUUUUCUUAACUUACGUUGAAAUAUGCAUUUUAAUUUAUAUGCAUAUUUCCUGAGCAAUAUUCUCCUUUCGACUUCACAAACUCUACAAGUAUCUAAUGAAGUCAAACCAUCUCUUCAGAACUAUAGGAGUAAUAAUCUAAGCAACUUUCAAGUAUAUGAUGAGAAUAUUACUUUCAUCAAAAGUAAAACUUUAGAAGAAGCAGAAGAUUUUGGUUUACAAGCCAUGAAUUCAUUAUUUGAAAUAGAGGAAAAAAAAAUAUUUGAACAAGGACUAUUUUUGAAUUCUGAUCACCCGGCACACUACGUUGCCACAUUUAAUUACCAAACUGAUGAAGCAAAAGGCUUUUCUAGAGUAGCAUAUGCUGCAUUGAAAGGUUCCAGAAAUUUAAUGGAAAAAUUCUUCAAUGAAACUUCAAUACAUAACUUAGAGUGGAAAACGACGGCUUUGUGGUCACAUCGAUCAACGGGAUUCCAAGAACGCUGCCCUCGGAAAGAUCAACCAAAUUGUCCUCCAGCAAGUAGUAAAUAUCGAACAGCUGAUGGCAGAUGUAAUAAUUUAAAACAUCCUUGGUGGGGUUCAGCUAUGUCAACUAUGCAGAGAUUUUUAGAUCCAGUCUAUGAUGACGGUAUUGAAACAAUAAGAAAAUCAAGAAAAAGCGGUAAAGUGCUACCAAGUCCACGUGAAAUUUCGACGACGAUUCAUGAAGACAAAAAUGUACCAUUAUCAUCCGUAACACAUAUGCUUAUGCAGUGGGGUCAAUUCAUAGACCAUGAUAUGAUAGCUACUGCACAGAGCAGAGGAUUUAAUGGCACGUUUCCGCAGUGUUGUCGAAAGCAUGGUACAGAGUUCCAGUCACCGGAGUUUAUGCACCCAGAUUGUCUACCCAUAGUCGUAAAUUCUCGAGAUAACUUUUAUGGAAAGUUGGGAAUUCGUUGUUUAGAAUUUGUGAGGAGUGGCCCAGCCCCACGUGAAGACUGCGGUUUCGGUCCUAGAGAACAAUUGUCGCAAGUAACUAGUUUCAUAGAUGCUUCUAUGGUUUACAGCAGCAGCGUUCAGCACAGCAAUAGUCUACGAAUUUUUCGUAAUGGUCUUUUACAAUAUGGUGAAUUUGACCUCUCAAAAUCUACGUUACCUAAGAAAAAGUCGGAUAAUCUUUGUCAACAAGGAUCUCUAUCAACUAAUUGUUUUAGAGCGGGAGAUGCUCGACUCAGUGAGCAACCUGCUUUAACGUCACUUCAUAUUGUUUUAAUUAGACUGCAUAAUAAGCUUGCAACUGGAUUAAACACACUCAAUCCACACUGGAGCGAUGAAAAGCUCUUUCAAGAAAGUCGCAAAAUUGUUGGAGCUCUAGUUCAACAUAUUACUUAUCGUGAAUACUUACCUAUAAUACUUGGACCCGAAAUAAUCAAAAUAUUUGGACUUGACCUUAAAGAGAUUGGUUAUUAUGGUGGUUACGACCCAACGCUCAAUCCAAAUAUUGCUAAUUCUUUUGCAACUGCGGCUUACCGUUUUGGCCAUUCAUUAGUUCAACACUGUUUUUCCAGAUACGAUGAAAAACAUAAUCUUAUAUUUAACAAUAUCUCAAUACACGAUGAAUCAAAGAAUAGAGUGCAUUUACAAAGUCCAAGGUCUGUUGACCGAUUAGUUUUAGGAUUAAUAAAUCAAGUUUCACAGAGAAGAGAUGAAUUUAUAACUAAAGAACUAACUAAUCAUCUUUUCCAAUUUCCAAAUUUUCCAUUUGGCAUGGAUCUUGCAUCAAUUAAUAUUCAACGGGGUAGAGAUCAUGGAUUAGCACCUUAUGUUAAAUGGCGAGAACCUUGUGGUUUAUCAGCUAUCCGGACAUGGGAGGAUCUUGAAAAAAGCACAUCAUUGAAAGCUGCUAGAAAAUUAAGAAAUUUAUACGAAUCGCUGGAUGAUAUUGACCUUUUCUCAGGAGGUCUUUCAGAAAAACCAGUUCUUGGAGGUAUUGUUGGUCCAACGUUUGCAUGUAUUAUUGCUCAGCAAUUUAAUCAUCUUCGUAGAGGAGAUAGAUUUUGGUAUGAAAAUGGAAAUUUAAAAAAUAGUUUCACAUUAACUCAGCUUGAUCAGAUCCGAAGUGUUACUCUUGCACAAAUUUUAUGCUAUACGAUAGACGACGUUAAAACUGUUCAGCCGUUUGUAUUUUUGGUACCUGAUAAACUGAACAAUGAAAGAAUUUCAUGCGAUAAAUUUAAUCAUAUCAAUCUGAAACCUUGGAUUGAAAUAGGAAAAAACAAUCGACAAUUUUUAUUCUCCUUGAAUAAUAUUAACAAGGACGAUUACUUUAGAAAUUUAAAAAAUGAAUCAAGAAUGUUUCCACGACAAAAACCUAAGCCAGUUAAAGCUAACGUCAACCAAAAAAAUCACGUUGUAAUGAGAUGGCCUUUCGGAUCCUCAUUUGAGAAUGUCACGAUAGUCAUACAAAAUCAUGCAUCUAAUUCACCUACAGUAGUUAACAAUGUUGUUCAUGAAUCUAACGUAGAUGGAAUUUUAACUAAUCCAUCAAGUAACUCGCCAACAAAAGAAAAUGAUGGUAUUGAAAACGAUCACUUACAUCUUGUGAAUAAACAUUUACUCUCAAAAUUCAUUAAUUUUAAUAACUCCAACCAUAACUUUGCAUCAACAUCUUUUAUAGAGGAUUUUUAUACUCAUGAAUUACCGAAGCCAAUAAAGUUAAGAAAUAAGGAUAUAUAAUAAAUAGAAAAUUUGUUGGUUUAACAUGUUUUAAGAACAUUCUCCAAAAAUCAGCUUGAUUAUAGUUAUUGGCGUAACUAGUAGGGUAAGUUAUUUAUAUGGUGUCGUAGGUGCGCAUGCACGAGCGAGAAGCGAGUAUCAGAGUUACCGCGCACCAGAGACGAGUGCUAAACACAUCGCGGAUGACGGACUGUGACUUAACCUACAUGUUGCGCCCAUAAUUUUAUUCAACUCAUGUGCGCUCUUUACGUUUUAUUCAUCGCCUAAAAAGCGAAGUUUAAAUAAUUGUUUACUGACAUGGUGAAAAAAAAAACUUUUAAUAUAAAGAAUGUGACAAAAUUAUCGGCAUGUAGAUUUUAUUCAACGGAAAUUCAAAUUCAAUAAGUCAAAGUUUCAACUCCACGUUAAAAACAUUCAGUAUCACAAUCUCGGCUGCUCAAUGGGUAACAACAGGGAGUUGUAAUAACCCAAUAUUCAGUUAGAGCCCGAAAGAUAGUUACGUUAAUUUUUUUUACGCCACAAUGGCCGGGAUAGUAGACAUCUUUAUUGCGUUUUGACAAAUAAUUUUUCACCGGUCGGUAAACGGCCAUUUAGGGUUCAGAUUUUAGGCAUGAUAAAACGUGAAUAGCGCGCAUGAGUUGAAUAAAAAAUAAUAAGUAUAUAAAUAACUAGUUUUUUCUACGUCUUGGGUUUUAUUUUAAUUCGUUAUAAUAUGAAUUGAUGGUAAAAAAAUUGAGAUGCUUCAAUAUUAAUAUUCAAGGGUCGCUCAAAAGCGUCCAGAAGACAGCACUCGGAAACAUUCAAAAUUCUUGAGCGACGUUUAACUAUUUAAAUGUUGGGCUGAAAUUUUCAGCACAUUCAUCAUUUCACAGAUUAAACUAUUGCUGCCACGAGAAAAAAAAAACAAAUUAGGAAAAAAUCCGAAUUUCAAUUGUUUUUGAAAUGUUCAAAAUUUGCAAGUGACCUUUAAAAAUUUUUUUAUCCAGCUGAUUUUUGGAGAAGAUUCUGAAAAUAUAUUAAAUCAACAAAUUUUAUAUAAGACUCGAAAACAAAAAAAAUCAGUUUUUGGGGUCGCCUUAAUAUAUAAUUACUUCAAUGAUUGUAAUGAUCGAAAAGAACUCAUUUUUUUUUAUUACUACACGAGAGAAAAAUAUCGCCAGAUUUAGUAUACAUAUCGCUAUUCUGGCUAUACGCUGUAUAGUCAUCUUACUUAACGAUACGCCGUAUAGCUAAUUCAGCUAUACAGAGUAUCCUCACAGUGGAUCGUCAAAAUGACGAUCCGUAUCCUUAUUUUAGGCAUUUUAUGAAUCGCUGACAUGACUAUUGCGCAAACUCUGUAUUUGGGCAUCCGGCAACCGAGAACGAUAAUACGUAUAGCCAAUUUAGCUAUACGAAUCCUCACGCUGGCAAUACAGAUACUUAUAUCAACGAAACUACAUAUCGUUACAAAGGCUAUUCGUCGUAUUGUUAAAUUAAAUAAACGAAUACUUAACCUUACCCAAAAACGUAUCUUUACUUUCACGAUACUAUAGAUUAUUAAAUCAAUAUGAGAGUAUUCCUAAAUUAGGUAUACGAAUCGUUAUUUUGACGAUACCUCAUUUGAGGAUACAUUGGAUAGUCAUUCUGUCGAUAUUUUUUUCUCCGUGUAGAUGUAUUUUGAUGCCAAAAAUUCUGAUGACAAAAAUUUGUAAAAGUCAUGUAUGCUAAAUUGAAUUAAAGAAAAAUGAUUUUCAUUUACUUGGACCAAAUUCUGAAAUAGCAACUCCCACGUGCUGUAUUUUACGACAGUGACAGGCGCCAAUUGGAACUUAUGAUAAAAUAAUACGUAAUAAUUAAUCAAAUGUCAUUUACUGUUUUUUUUUAAGUAUAUAGUAUUUUAUUUGUUGAAAAUGUAAUAUAGUUUAUCUUAAUGUCUAUUUUAAUAAACAAACAAUUUUGUACCUUCAAAUAUAAUUAUAAUUACAAGGGUUUUACGAGUUAAAAAAAUCUUAUCUUAUUUCUUCUACAAUAAAUAAGGGCGUAUUCCACGAGUGCUCUUACUCAGUAAAUGUGUUAUAAUUGUAGAUGAUUUAAGGGGCAGAGGCAGUCGAUCGGUUCUCGAGUGGCUCGGGCGAUCACCGAAGUUAAGCAUCAUCAAGCAUGAUUGCUACUUGGUUGGGUGACCGCUUAGCUACGCUUUGAGCUUGAUCGAAGGUCUCUGACCGUCAGGCGCAGGAUGAGGAUCUAGUGAUCGGUAAAAUGGGCAAAAUCCAUAAUUGACAUAGAAUCCAAAAAAAAAAUUAUUUAUUAAAUUUUAAAUGGCCUAAAAUAGAUUAUAGUUCAAGGCUAAAUUGGAAUCUAUAUUGAGUCUAUAAAAGGCACAAAUUGCCUUUUUUUCUACUUUUGGAUCCAAAGUGAAAUUUCAUAUGCAUAGUCAAUACACCAAUCAUUAGGCAUUUAUAGAAAAAAACAAAUUUGGAAAAUCCAGAAGAGCAUGUCUGAAACGAUCAUAUUAUAUUUUCAUUAAUCAAUUUGUUGACAAAAUCAAAUUUUUAACUUUCCGCUAAGAAAAUCGACGACUUACAAAAAAAAGUAAAUUAUUGUUUUCACCCCGUGUUACGUCCGAUUGAUUUUCAUAAUUUUCAAAACAAUUUUUUUUUAUUCAUAAAAUUUGUUAACAUACAAUGAGCCACACGAACAGCAAAAUACCUACUAAGGGAAACCUUAGUGGGGAGAAUAAUGCGUGCGCCGACCAAAAUGAAAAAUAUGGAGGGGCUGAUAAGAAAUUUAGGGCCCAGAAACAAAGAGGAAACUCUCGCUCUCUUCUGGCUGCGACCAUCGGAGUGUGCACAAGUUUUGUUUUAUACAAUGAAGAAAAAGAAAAGGAAAAGAGUUUGUUAAACGUGUAUAAGUACUACAUCAUGGAUUCGCACAGACAAAACAGGUACAAUUAAAAUAUUAAAUAAAUUGAAAAUAUUCAGUUUAAAAAUUAAAAUGUUAAACGAAAGUUUGAAAUGUUCGGUUAAUUAUAUCAGAAUUACAAAAUGAAAAUUCGAACACGUGUAGUUUGAAAUUAAAAUGUUAUAUGAAAGUUUGAAAUGUUCAGUUAGUUAUAUCAGAAUCACAAAAUUAAAAUUCGAGCAUAUGUAAUUAAAAAUUAAAAUAGUAAAUAUAAUUUUGAAUCUUGUAAAUCAGAGCCGGCUGACUAGCCACCUGUCUUUGGAUUAUAAUUACAAUUUAUUUGAAUCAGGAGGUAAUUCCAACAUUGUAAUUAGAAGCAUAAUCUCUAAACCUCAACAUUUUUGUAAUCGAAUUGUUAAUAUAGUUAAAAAUUAGAUUUAAAUAUUGUUUUA